AUGCAUUAUUAAGGUUAAUGGAAAGAAUUUUAGAUUUAUGGAAAUACUCAAUUUUGAAUUUUAUGUUAGGUGAUUUAAAAUAUGAGAACGACAAUGCACUCAUUUUCAGCUGACUUACAUAAAAAAUAUUUAUUUUUCAUUUUGAAUGGUAAGUUACCAUCGGCACUGAAUAAUAUGGACACAAACAGAUCAUUACUCUUAUAUUUUGCUAUAUCAGGAUUAGAUGUUUUGGGUAAAUUGAAUGAACUACCAAUGGAACAACGUGAAUCCAUCAUUUCUUGGAUAUAUUCAUUACAAGUUGUUAAUGAAGAAGACUUAGUAAGUGGCUUCCAGGGAUCAACAACUCUGAACACGGAGGAAAAUAAAGAAAAAAAUAGUAUUUACAAGUAUUCCCAUAUUGCUAAUACCUAUUGUUGUUUAGCAACGUUGCUAAUCUUAGGUGAUGAUUUGAAACGAGUUAAUCGAAGUGCCAUAUUAAAUAGUUUGAAAACAUUACAAUUAUCCGAUGGAUCAUUCAAAGGAGCCAAACUUGGUGUAGAGAGUGAUAUGCGAUUUGUUUUUUGCGCUGCCUGUAUUUCCUAUAUUUUAAAUGAUUGGUCAGGCGUAAAUGUAGAGUUGAUGGUUCAAUUUAUAUUAAAAAGCAUAUCCUACGAUGGAGGUAUUGGCCAAGGACCUGAAUUGGAAUCACAUUGUGGUUCAACGUUUUGUGCGAUAGCUGCCUUAGCAUUGAGCAACAAUUUGGAUAGAUUGACAAAGCCACAGGUCUCAGCUUUACGUAGAUGGCUACUCUUUCGUUUUGAUGGAGGAUUUAACGGGAGACCCAACAAACCAAUAGACACAUGCUAUUCCUUCUGGACGGGGGGAGCCCUGAAAAUUUUGGAAUCUUAUGAAUUCAUAAAGAAUGACAAUAAUCAUCAGUUUAUACUGAUGACGCAAGAUAAAUAUGGAGGGUUUUCUAAAUGGAUAAAUGUUGUGCCGGAUCCAAUGCACACAUACUUGGGUUUAGCGGGUUUGAGUCUGAUGAACUUUGAAAACUUGAAUGAGAUGUGCACCGAGUUGAAUAUAACAAGAAGAACUUUUGAAUACUUACGAUGCAUUCAAAAGAAUUUUUAA